AAGUCGGUCAUACAGCGCCACCUCUUGGGAUUUCCCUACAAUAUGGCGCGACUGAGGUUCCCCGGUCGUCCUGGCUGUAGAUUUGGCCGAUUAGGUGUUAGAUAUGGUGCCGAUGAGGCUGAUAAUUUCCAGGAUCCUGUGUUAGCAUGGGUUGCUAAUAUACACAGAGGGUUGCGACAAUUCAGAGAACUAUGCGGGGAAUCUGACGAGGAUGAUGAGUUUCAAGGGUUUACUGCUCAGGAUGUCAGAGCAGCUGAAAAGAAACUGGCAAAAUAUGAGGCAGACUUAUACGGAGAGGAAGAGGAAACUCCUAUUUCCACUGUUUCUCCUGACACAAGCUUUAGUCCAACAUCAACCCUAUGCAUAUCAACCAGGUUUACCAAACAGAGGGAGAGUAUUGAUAAUUUACCUACGUCUGAAAGGACAAGGAAUAGACAAAAAACAGUGAUUCGUCGUUCAUACAAAGACUUACUAACCAAAGGAAUCGCUAAACCUACUAAAUCUUAUGUUAUAAAGUCGCGUAAAGAUUUAAUUACACCACAAGCAGAAACAAGGCAUGCACUUUCAUCUUACCACAAAAUGCCAAAGUGUGUCUCCCCUGAAAUGCGUAAAUUUUAUGAACAAGGUUACAGAAUCCGAUUAUCUGGACGAUUUAAGGGAUCUAGAGUGAUAUUUGGAGUUGGUCUACCGAAAUAUUUAAAUAUUGUGACUCGUAAAUCAUAUGUCCCCAUAGGUUCCCCAUCUAGUUCUUUUGAGCAGAUAGAUAAUGAAUCACCAGAGCAGUACUAUCUGAAGCCAUACAAAAAGAGGAAAGAACGAGAUAAGAAAUUUACAGUUGUUAGUACUAUAGCAAAAAGAGGAAGUAAAAACAUUGCAAAGUCUUUACUUGACAAGGCUAAAAAAGGAAAAGAAGAUCCUGCAGCUAAGAAACACAAAAAAACGGUGAAGAAAAAACAGUUUGUAUUACCAACACAAAGUUCAAGGUCAUCAAGAGUCAUUAUACCAACCAAAAGAUUCAUAGAAGAUGAAAUUAGCCCAAUAACCAAGAAAAAGAAAGAAAAUCUGUUUGAUACUUCCUUAACAUCAAGUUUUAAACAACCUUUUACAUCACCAUCAUCACAGAAAAAAAUGGACAAACUUACUAUUCAGACAGACUUUCCAAGCACUGCUGGAUUUGGCUCAUUUUCACCAAGCAUAUACAGAAAAGCUAGUCUGUUUGACCAGCCAUUGAUUACAGAAGGUAAAAGGGAGAGAAGACCAAGUCAAAAAGUAAAAAUGGUUGAAGGAACAGAGAAUGAAUAUAAAAGUCCUUUUAGAUCUGAUGAAUUCAACGAGGCAAGAAAGGUCCAUUUAACACCAUCAAAACUUGGUCAUAGUUUGCAUUCUCCAACAUUGUCACCACCAAUAAUAAUGGCACCCCCUAAAUUUGGUAGCACGCCAUUCAGAUCACUUACACAGCAAAACAUCGAAGUAGAGGCAACUAAAAGGAGUGGACAUAAUAUUCUAAGGAAAGCUAAAUUACAGCUUAAUAGAGCAGCGCUCAAUAGGUCUAAGGCUGCAUUAGCUAAAUCAUUGAAGAAAGAAAUGAAGAGGGAAGAGAAAAACAAGAAGAGAUUAUCAUUAUAUGAGUCUGAUUUAGGUUAUUCUACAUAUACUGGAGGAUCUCAGACCUACAUGGACAAAGAAGGUCCUGAAAAUGAUCCAGAUCAAAACACAGAAAAGAUAUAUUCCUGUAAAGUUUGUGGAGUUACAAGUAAUAGUAGAAACAAUAUGAUAAGAGGUGCUAUAUGUAAUCCUUGUUAUAAAUGGCAUAAACGGGAUCCAGCCUUGGGAAAAGAACCCUGUCAAAACAAAGGAACAUGUGACAAUUCCAUACCAAACAAAUCUUUAUGCAGACCAUGCAAAUACAGAAAGGCAUGUACAGUAUAUUUUACAUCAGCAGGGAAACCAGUUCCAAAAUUUAAAAUAAAAAUAUCUAAAGAUAAAUUGAAACAUACUAGUCCUUUAAAAUCACCACUGAGAAGUACAGAAGGAACAAGGUCAAUUGAAGACAUGGUGGAGCUCAAGAAAGACGAAAAGAAAAAACCUACAUAUUUAGAAAUGAUGCAUACGUCUGUAGGGGAGCUUAUGGAUCUAGAUGAGCCCCCUUCACCAUCAUCUCCUAUUCAACAAACAGAUACAGGCGAUCUAAGUGAUGUCACGACUUCACCAGAAAGUCAUACCUCACCACAGUCUAACGCCAGAGGUCCUCGUAUCAAACAUGUAUGUAGGAAGGCAGCCGUUGUUCUUGGUAAAACUGUAGCUAAAUUCCCACAGACUGAACUGACACUUAGUGCCCUGCCAAAGGGAGAGAAGAAGAAAUUACUGAAGCAAGAUGAACUGGACAAAGCAGCGUAUUCAGAUGAUGAGAAAACUAUAGAAGAGAUUAUCCAGGAUGCUGAGGAGGGACAGGAUACUUUUAUUAGGUCACCACCUGUCAAAGUUAUACCGAAAAUCAAAAUGCACAAAACAACACCACACCAACCAAGUAGUUUGAUGAUGAAAAAAAGCAAACGUAAACUAAGGUGCAGAAAAUGUGUCAACUGUCUAAAAGCAGAUUGUGGAAAGUGUCGAUACUGCUUAGACAAACCUAAGUUUGGUGGGAGAGGUGUUAUGAAACAAGCAUGUAUGAAGAAAAAUUGUUUAAGUCCUCACUUCUAUAAAGCUGGUACCGCACUGGUGGCUUUAAAAGAUGACCAACAAGUUAUCAGUAAUCCUGGACACAGUUCUGAAAUGAAUAACAACAAUGGUAAUACUGGUAAAUCCUGUCUUAAUGUGCUAGGGAGAUUUGGACAGAAAACCAGAACAACUUCCUCAACCUAUCAGCAAGCAGAUGCCAAUAAUGAUGGUUUGUCAGACAAAACACCAGCUGCCAUUAGUCGUCAAUUACAGUUUGGUGGAAAUUCACAAGGCACUCAUCAUCAGUUAUCAAACAUUUCAAGAGCUUCCAGAUCACAGAGUACUGGUCGACUUUCUACAAAGUUACCACCAAUGCCAGGAGGAAGAAAUGAAUUAUCAUUAACCCAGCGAAAUAGAAAUACUUCUAUCCGUUGGUCAAGUCUUAGACCAGAUAACCAGGCUCAGCAUCGUGUCAAAGCUGAUUUCAAGGAAAUCUAUAAUGUGUGGUCAGCUUGGCAGUUUGGUGUAUCAUUGACAGUGGCCAAUCCCUUAUGCUGCAGAACUCUUUGUUUUCUAUGUGGAAGUGCAGGAAAACAUGAGUUUUUUUACUGUAAUGUUUGUUGUGAACCUUUCCAUGAGUUCUGUUUAGAUGAAAAUGAAAAACCAUCGUCAGAUAAUUUAGAGAACUGGGUUUGUCGGAAAUGUCAGUUUUGCACUGUCUGUGGACAACAGAAAAAUCUAUUGAAAUGUGAUAAGUGUCAGAAUACCUACCAUCCAGAAUGUUUAGGUCCAAAUUAUCCUACAAAACCUUCAAAGAAGAAAAAUAUAUGGAUAUGUACAAAAUGUGUUAAGUGUAAAAGUUGUGGUGCUACAACUCCAGGAUCUGCUAGCAAUGCAACCUGGACGUAUGAUUUCCAACUGUGUCAUGUAUGUGGUCAGCUGAUGGACAAAGGAAAUUUCUGUCCAAUUUGUCAUAAGUGUUAUUCUGAUGAUGACUGGGAUUGUAAAAUGGUACAGUGUGCUAAAUGUGAUAGUUGGGUACAUGCCAUGUGUGAAGGGCUUUCAGACGAGAUGUAUGAGCGAGUGUCAUGUUUACCAGAUGAUGUGCAUUAUAUUUGUCGGAUGUGUGCAGGCCACAGAACUCGACAUUGGGAACUAGUUUUACGUGAUGACUUUAUAGCAGGGAUUAAGUCUAUAUUCUACUCAAUUUAUCAUGCCAAGUGUUCCAAGGUCCUGGAAAUUGAAGAUAAGAAACCUGACACUGAAAAUAAAAUAAUCGUAGAUGAAAGUAGUAAUGACUCCUUGUCCAGUAAGGAGGUCAGUUCUGAUUCAAAUUCUGUUGCCAUGGAAACUGACAAAACUUUAAAAUUGGAUACAAGUGCAAAAAGUAAUAAUUAUUUGACUAACUGUGGAAGAGAUAUUUCUGAGGCAGUUUCUGAUGACGGUGAUAGUAAAAGAGAAAUUGUUUCUAUGGAAACUGAUAAUAAGGGAGAUAAUUCUUUGUUAAACUGUGAUUCUAAGGUUGUUAAUGUCUGUGAUAAAGUUUCUGAGAGUGAUAUUUCUGCUAUAACAAAACAGUUAGAUGAGCCAGAUGGCAGUAAAUCUUAUGUUUUAAAGAAUACUGCUGAUGUAGAAUUAUUUAUUAAGAAUUUAGAAGGUUUAGUGAAGAACAGAGCAUCUUCAGAACAGCAAUCAAAUCAAACAAGUACAAUUCAGACUCCUGAACAAAAUUUAGUUCCAACAAGUGCAGCCUCUAUUAUUGAACAAAAAUCAUUACAAACUACAGGACCUAAUCCUGAACAAAAUUUAAUUCAAAGUACAGUAACUUCUAUGGAACAGAAAUCUUGUCAAUCUAGUGCAGUGACUAUUUCUGAGGACAAAUCAAUACAGAAUAUUACCGAAUCAAUAGCAUUACCAAAUACUUGUCCAAGUAUAUCUUCCGAAUCAAUGGCAUUACCAAGUGUUGGUCAGAGUUUAAUGACCGAAUCAAACUCUUUACUAAGUGUGGAUCCAAGUACUUUGACCGAAUCAAAGGCUUUAUUAAGUGUUGGUCAGAGUACAUUGACUGAAUCAAAGGCUGUACCAAGUGUUGAUCAGUCUAUAUCUACACAAACUCCUACAGACAAUCAUAGUGAAAAGUCUAUACGACUGAGUGUAGAUAGUAAUUCAAGUUUAGCUAGUCAGAGCAUUGUAGUACAUAAAACACCGGAAAAGAAAGGAGCUGUGGUACGAUUUGCAGCAGAAACUUUACCAAAGGUUGUACCUACCAGGAAUUAUCCUAAAGAUCUCAUGACAGUCCGACAAAAAAUUAUAGACGGAGGUUAUAUAAAUGUGGAAGAGUUCAGUGAGGACAUAGCAUUCAUUAUAGAGUCAGCAUUAACAGAUACAGAAGAAAAUAGUGUUGUCAGGAAGAAAGCCAUUAAUUCUGUUAGAUCCAUAUUUGUAAAACAAAUGGAGAAAUGUUUUCCCUGGUACAAUGUUAAAGCCUGCAGGAUGUGGGAGCAUAACAGAUGUCUACCUCAAAACAUGUUGCCAGAUGCUGUAAUUCCACCAUUUGAAGACCAUACCUAUGCACAGUGGUUAGAGAGAGAAAGUCUGCCAUCUUCACCCCAGCCAUCACCAUUCAAGAAAGUUUUAGACACGCCUGUUAAGAAAGUUCUAACAAUAGUUGAUCCAGAAGAGGAGGGAGAGAAAGUUUUAUCAUCAGAUCUGGCUGAUGAUGGACAGGACACCAGGAGAUGUAUACUCUGUUGGCAUUAUGGAGAUGCUGAUCCUAAUAGAGAGGGAAGGUUGUUGUACACAGGUCAAGAUGAUUGGGUCCAUAUAAACUGUGCCUUGUGGUCAGCUGAGGUUUACGAGCAGGGUCGGGAUGGAUCAUUACAGAAUGUUCAUGAAGCUGUGUCAAGGGGCAAAAAGAUGAAAUGUGAUAUUUGUCAAAGAGCUGGUGCUACAGUUGGAUGCUGUACCAGAGGUUGUCCUGCCAAUUACCAUUUUAUGUGUGCUAGAAUGGAUGGGUGUUUGUUUCAGGAUGAUAAAAAAGUAUUCUGUUCACCACACAAGGAAAAAGUUGACAGAGAGCUUGUUAUGAAAGAUGAGUUUGCUGUAAUGAGAAGAGUAUGUGUUGAUAGAGAAGGCAUGAAAUUCACAAAGAAAAGUUGGACAAAGGGUCUCACUACUGCUGAAAUCAACAUUCUUAUAGGUUCCUGUACAAUAGAGUCGUUAGGAUAUUUGACUUCUUUAUCUGACUGUAAAGGUGUACUUCUUCCUGUUGGAUUCAGUUGUACAAGAGUUUACUGGAGUACCAAGCACUCAAGGAAAAGAUGUGUGUAUACCUGUAAGAUCACAGAAUUCCGACCGGAAACUCCAAAGACUCCUGAGGCAACCAUCAUGGAUAUGACUAUCAUACACGAUGUCAACCAUCCAGAUUAUGUCCCCUUGUCUAAACUCAAUCUUCCAGGCAUUAAUCUGUUUCCACAAAAGACAAGGAAGAGGGCUAGCAUUAUAGAGUUGACUGAUGACGAAUCUUCGGUUUGCUCCAAUGAAUCUUCUCGGACAAUAUCUGUAUCAAGUCUUGACAAGACGAGAUCCAUGUCAGUAGACAGUGAAGAUCCACUAAGUUCAUCAUGGCCAGCGCCAAAUAAAAAGCGGAAAAAUGACCCAUUGCCUGUUAAUUUGUCAAUGCUGUCUCCAACAACUUUGCGCCUGCUUAACAAAGAUCCAGAAAAGUACAGAAAUGAAUCAAAAGACCAAAACAAAUCAAUCAACAAGAUCUCGCCACCUUCUGUAGCAGUCAUCAAUGAUAAUCCACUGGCAGAGAUUGCUAAUAGGUUAAAUAGUGCUGCAGCCAGAAACAGACAGAAGAGUGAGGAAAGGACGAUUGGUGGAAAGACAACAAUAGUUAUUCCUGAUCGUCCAGCUAGCGCUCCCACAUUACCCAGAUCUAGGUCAAACUCUUCUGAACGUCUCAUAUCACCCCCACGACUGUGUUCAUCUCCGAAAUAUCUACCUCAAGUUCCUGAAUCUGUAGACACUUGCGAUAAUGAUAAACAAGAGGCUCCCAUGGAAACUGACAAUUUUGAUUUAGACAAAAGUUUAGAACCUCUUAUUAAUGAGUUGUCAGGUGAAGAAAAUGCUUUGAUUGUGAUAACUGAGGAAGGCCAGGAAUUAACUGAAGAGGAUUACGCCAUGAUUGCAGAGUAUAGUAGUGAAAUUCAGAAUAGUUCCAGUGAAGGAUCCACUGAAAUUGAAGUAAAUAAAAACCAGGAAAUGAUUUCGGAACAGGUGGAUGAACCAGAGAAACAAGUUGAUCAAUCCAGUGUAACAGGAAACAGUUGCAUCGAAAGUGAAAUUCUCAAAGAUGGUCAGCCUUCAUCUGAAUCAGGAAGCACUGUCAGGUCAAUUAAACUGUCAUCUAACACAGAGAUUGUGAAAAGUGGCCAAGAGUUAUCAGUACAGACAAUUUCUGAAGGCACAGAAGUUCCUGUGGAGAACCGUAGUCAACAAAUCACAAAACCUUCAUUGGUUGUUCCAGUGGCAAAUAGUACAGGAGAUGAACAAGAUCAGUCUGAUAAGAAUAAAAGUGUAGAUACAUCUGGGAAAGAAUUGUCUGAAGUGCCUGUAAAUCUACUGGACCAAUCAACAUCAAGAUCUGGAGAAAUGCAAGCAACAAUGUCAACAAGUUCUGCUGUGAAGAAUAUUGGACAAAGAGAACCUGUCAUUGGUUUAACAUGCAGUGAGCUGGAUGAAGAUUCACAAGUCACCAAUCAGAAGUCACAACACAUUGAUCAUACUAAAAUAAGGAAAAGUGGAAGCAUUUCUUAUGUAUCAAGUGAAAUAGGCUGUCAGACAAAUACAGAUUUUGUUUCUGAUGACGAAGAAGUCAUUGAGACAGAUGGUAAGAUGAAGAAAGCUGCUAAAAAAGAUUGUCCCGUCUUAGAAAAAGUUGAUAGUUCUUCAGAGGAGAGUUCACUAGAGAAUAUUGAUGAUGUGGAACUAAUGCCAGUUCUCACCAUAGAAAGUCCAAUGAAAGAACAGCUAAAUGUUUCUGUAGAAGAUACAGAAAAUGCUAAGAGAAUAUUGAAGAUAGGUGAUGGUCAGAAAACUGAUAGUGUAGACAUGCUAUCAGAAAAUGAAAAAUUGAAAACCAGUACAUCAAAUGUAGACUUGAAAGAAGACAUUUAUGAACCACCAAAAAAUUUUGCUAUGAGAAACUCUGAGACAUAUAUACUGCACGAAGAAACUGGUGAUUUUAUUCCUAAGGUAGAUUCACCUAUAAAAGAAGUUAUCUCAUUAAGUUCUGAAGAUGAGGUUGAAAAUGUCAAAAAUAAAAGUAGACCUCAGCAUGAAAGUACUGAUACACACCAGUGUGCACCUUCAAAGGAUCGUAAUGUAUUUGAAGUUUUAAAUUUAUCUGUUGAAGCUGACGAAAAUGAAAAGCAGAAGACAGAAAUACUAAAAGGGUUAGGAUUAGAAAGGACACCUUCACCAAAGCGAGAGAAGCAACCCCGUAAAUCUUAUCCAUUACGACACAGACAAAUAUUCAGUGAUGAAGAAGCACAGAUGGAAGAGAAACCUUUACAUGACAAAUUAAGUGAAAAGAUAAAAGCUGAGAGCCUUGCUAAAAGUACUCCAGGUGAAGAAGGACCAUUCAAAUGUCCUACAUGUAAACGUCAUUAUAGAACAAAGGAGAGUUAUAACACCCAUGUUAGUAGCUGUGAUUUUGAUAUUAGUAGUACUACAGAUGAGGAAGAUGAACCUGAGACUACCUCUAGGGAAGGGAGAUACCCAAUGAGAGGAACAACCAUCGCACAGACUGUCGUUAGUCAGGUUGAUGAGCAAGAACGAAAAUCUAUCACAAAGAAACCUGGCAGGCCUGGUCAAAGAUUUAACAUGUCUCCAAAAGUCGUACUAGAUCGCUUAUCACCAUCACGAUGCAGUAUUCCACUAAAGACCUCCAAUUCUAAUCUGAAAGAGAACCCCUCAAGGACUACAGCGAUUAAAAGAGGAAGAGGAAGACCUCCAAAAGUUGCUGUUACUCCUCAAGAUGAUGAACAGGCUGAAGAACUUUCAGAUUCAAUGGAGGAGACUGAAGAGUUAACCACAUCUACAGUGAUUAAAAGAGGAAGAGGAAGACCUCCAAAAGUUGCUGUUACUCCUCAAGAUAAUGAACAGGCUGAAGAACUUUCAGAUUCAAUGCAGGAGACUGAAGAGUUAACCACAUCUACAGUGAUUAAAAGAGGAAGAGGAAGACCUCCAAAAGUUGCUGUUACUCCUCAAGAUAAUGAACAGGCUGAAGAACUUUCAGAUUCAAUGCAGGAGACUGAAGAGUUAACUACAGAUGCAAAUAAGGAAAAGAUAAAGAGGGGAAGACCUCCUUUACAUAAAACACCUGAAAUAAAGUCUGGUUCAUCACAGCAAAGUUUAGAAUUGUCAUGUCCUGAACAAGACACUGAAAAGAGAAAGAGAGGCAGACCUCCUUUACACAAACUAUCGGAAAGUACAGAAAAAAGUGAAUGUUCAAAUGACAGUACAUCAUUGUCUGAACAAUCUACGCCUAGAGGUAGAGGACGUCCCCCAAAGUCAUCUUUAGUUCAGUCCAAAAUUAGUAACAUUAGAGACAAGUAUAGGAGACAUCAGCGAUCCAAAAGUGAUGGAUUAAUAGCAACAAAAAGGCACCUUGACAGUUCAGAAGUGUCUGAUAAUCCUUAUGCAAGGCAAUAUUUGUUCAAGAAAACAAGCCUCAAUUACAAUACAAAACAGAGUCUUCUCAGUUCCUCUAAAAUUUCCAGACGAUCUUUGCAAUUAAUGUCUCGUAAAUCAUCAGCUCAGACACAAAGGAGACGUCACUUUACUGAUUCAGAGUCUAUGAACAUGAAAUCUGUUUCUAAGAGAAGAGUUAGCAGUGCUUCAUCAUCUUCUAAAGAUUUAGAUAAGUCAGCUAAUGAUCAAGAGUUAGAAAACAUGGAGAAAUUAGCUAGUCUGGAAAAACAAAUAAACCGCAAAAGAGGUAGACCAAGGAAGAAGCCUUUAAGUUUUAAAUCUGACAUAGAGGUUGAUCUAGAGAAGCAUGAUCAUUCUGAAGCAAAAGAAGAAGUUUGUGAUGAAAAGGAGGACAAGAUCAGCAGGAAAGAUGACAAAGAAGACGAUAAAAGUGAUGUGUUUGAUAGCACAGAAGUAAGAAAAAGUGAUGAGAAAGAAAUUAAGAAUAAACAAGAAAUAGAAGGUGAAACUGACAGCAAAUCAGAGGAAAUCUACAGCAAUAAAGAUGUCCAAAGUGAUUCUGAUACCAAGUCAGAUAUAUGUAGUAAGGUUGACAACAAAAUUGAAACUAAAGCUGAAGAUGAAAAUACAUUGGAUACAGAGGUUGAUGGAAAAUCAGAAACAAAUUCAGAUAUUGCAACUCUCUCAGAUCAGGACAUGAAAAGCGAAGAUAUAUCUGAAAUGGAGGAUGCUUUAGAUAAAGAGAUCAAACAAGAAAUCCUUGACGAGGAGUAUGUAAUGGACACAACUGAAGCAAAGCCUGAGAAAGAAGUCAUUGAAAAUAAGGAUGUAAUGCCACAAGAAGUGAAAGAUUCUGAACAGAAAAAUGUAUUGCCAACUGAAACUCCAUCUGUUUCUUUUGACAAUUCCCAUUGUAAAGAUGACCAAAGUUCAUCUGUCAAGACUGCAUCUGAAAUGUUAGGUUCUGCUGCAAGACCUCUUGUUAUUGAUGAUGACGAUGAAGAUGAUCAACCUGUGAGAGAAGCUAAACCCAAAUAUAAUAGAGUAAUAAGGAGACGUGAGAAGACACCUAGAAAAUCAUUUGAAGAUGAAAGUAAUGUUGCCUCUUUGAAAUCUUCUCCUGCAGUCAAAGCAUUGUCUCAGUUCUUGGCACAGAAAGAAAAAACUCCACCCAAAAAUGAACCUGUGACUGACACAAAAACUGGGCGAAGUGCCAGUUCCUUUCAGGAAUUAUUAAAGGAAAAACCAUCUAAUGUUCAGGCGCCGCGUUAUGAUUUAAUUAGAAAAUCAUUAAAUGAAACAAAAAGAGAAUCUCCUCAACAAUUAACUCAAAUAAGAAGGGCAUCAGAGGAGUCGAAACACAGUAGAGAUGUUGGAAUAGGUACCAGUUCACCAAGGUCUCGUCAUUCCUCAGGCCAUUCUACUGAUGAAAGAAACAUAUUCCAGUUGCUAAACAAGGGUUCUCCACCAAAGUUAAAUAUUGGAAAUGGUGGUUCUUACAAUGCAAUUAAACCAGCGGCAGAGUUUGGUCAGUCUCAACAAUCUUCUGUACGGGGACCUCCUCCCUUGAUGACACCCUCAUUAAUUGGUAUCCAUAAUCCUAAUUUAGUCAGUAAUCCAGCACAUUCACUGACAGCAUUCCAACAACUUCAACAGAACAUGCCACAUGCCAUACAACAAAUACAGCAGAUGCAUAGCAGGUCAACCCCAGCUAUAAUACCAUUAACACAAGCUAUGUCGGCACAGAUGGACAUAUCACAUGUAGGUACUGAGAGACCAGUUCCAGCUCCCUUUGACAUGAAUCUGCAUAUUAACAGAAUGAUUAUGGAAACAUCAAUGGCAGCAGGACCAAUUCAUCAGAGACAGGUUCUGCAACAAAUGAUAUUGAAUGAGUCUGCUAACAGUGGAAAAACACCUGAAACACAGCAGACUUCUCAAAUAAAUACACAAGCUAUUCCAAGUCCAAUCACAACUCCAUCCGGUUUAUACAUCAGUUCUGGUCAGCAUACUCCAGUAUUUAACUUACCCACGUCACCACAGAACCAAAGUCCAACAACUCCUGUAUCUACACCAAAUAAGAGUCCUGUAUUAUCAAGGACACCAGAUUUAUCACCUGGUUCAUACCACAGUGUAGGUCAGUGUGGAAUUAAGCAAACUCCUAUAUAUAACUUGCCACAAAACCAACAAAGGCCAACAACACUUGUAACUGACCACGUGAAAAAACCACCAGCUAAUAGUAAACUUAUUCCUUUGACACAGUUGAUGGAAGCAGGUCUUCAGUCUAAAUUAAUAAUACCAAAAGUAUCCAUGCAAUCAGCAUCAUCAUCUCCAGAUAGUCUGCAGCCAUCACCACUUAGCCAACUUAGUCGUCCAUCUUUAUCGCUAGCAGUAAGUCAUCCACCAUCAACAUCUCCAGUCAGUCUCCCGCAGUCAACAUUGCCUUUAGUUCUACCUCAACAGAAACAAGGGGGUGCCAAACCUAAUACUAUUGUACGCAUAUUUGUGGAUGGCAAACCAGUUGCCUUGACUACAGAUCCAACAGUCCUUCAGGAUCAUACAGCAUUGUUGAACAAACUGGGAGGUGGUCAGAUUCAGAGUGGAACAUAUUCUGUCACAGUAUCGGCACACCGUGUUCCUUCGACCAAUUCAAGUCCUGUAAAUACAACUGGUGCGAACAACCAGCUACCAAGAGUUCCAGCAAUACAACCUAUAGUACCAAUGUCCCAAAAUGAUCAGUUCAUUCCAUGGAAAGCACCAGGAAAUGUUCCUGAUUCUUCAGGCAAACAAAUGACAAUUUCAUCUGCCAUUAAAGAUGCGUUGGAUAGUCACCUAGUGUCAAAACUAUCUCCUUCAAAAUCAAACCAAGUAUUAUCAUCUCUCUUAAGCAGGCAGAGAAACUUAAAUCAUCAUAGCUAUUCUAAAAAUUCAAUAUUGCCUAGGAAUAUGCAGGAGCUGAUUAGAAGGUUACCAUUACCAGACAGACCAAUAUCUUCCAUAUCCGUGCAACCCAAGGUCAUGACCUCUUUUGUGAAAAAACCUGAUGGUACCAUUCAGAAAAAGACAUUGGUCAAGCCAAUGAUUGUGAAUCGCAAAAGACCUGCCAUCAAUCCAAUCAACUUGUCAGGAAAUUCUUUCAAAAAGCCUAUGAUAUCAACCUACCAAGAGAAGAAUGGGACUGUUCAAGGACUACUGUCUAAAGUUUAUAUGAGAAAACUGGUGAAAGAUGGAUCCCCUAAAUCAAAGAUGGCGGACAGCAUGCAGCAGACUACACAAACUGGUCAUGAAUACUUCAAAAGAAGAGGGAGAAAACCCAAGGAUAAAAAUUUGAAGAAGAAAACACCUAGAAAAUCUAAUAUCAGCAAACCACAUGCAGGAGGAAGAUCCUCCCAUCCUAUUAUCCAUGGUCCAAAAGAGGUGACAUCCUUGCCUCAGCCUGCCUUAGAAGAGGAAGUGACAGAAUCCUCAAUGUCUAGCUUUAUGGAACACCAACAGCGAGUUCAGGAAAAGGCUGAGAGGAAAGAUAAAGAUGGAGCCCACCUUAUGUUUGAGAUCACCAGUGAUGAUGGAUUCAGUUGUAAAGCAGAAACCAUGGAAGAAGCUUGGCAGCAAGUUACAGAAAGGGUACAGGAUGCUAGAACGACUGCAAGGUUGAAACAUUUGUCUUGUGCAAGUGUACAUGGAGUAAAUAUGUUUGGAGUGAACCACAAUGCUGUACUGUACCUGUUAGAACAGCUAUAUGGAGCACAGUUAUGUCGUAACUACAAGUUCAGAUAUCAACAGUAUACCCUCACUGAGGAUGAAGAGGAACCUGUAGUGAACCCAACAGGAUCUAUCAGAUCAGAACCCUACCAAUCUCGUAAAGAGUUCGAUAUCUUCAGUUUCCUCAUGUCUCAGUAUAGAAGACUGCCAGAAAUGGAUUUGUCAGAUGCUAACAGUGAAAUGAAUCUUAAAUCACAGAGGAGAGCCACCAGUAUGGACUUGCCAAUGGCAAUGAGGUUCCGUAAGCUGAAAGAACAUGCUAGGGAGGCUGUUGGAGUAUACAGAUCACACAUCCAUGGAAGAGGUUUAUAUUGCAAGAGAAAAAUUGACGCUGGUGAGAUGAUAAUAGAAUACUCAGGGGAAGUAAUUCGUGGUUCACUGACAGAUAAAAGAGAAAAGUAUUAUGAGGGCAAGGGUAUUGGAUGUUACAUGUUUCGUAUUGAUGAUGCUGAUGUUGUUGAUGCUACUCUACAUGGAAGUGCAGCAAGAUUCAUUAAUCACUCUUGUGAGCCUAACUGUUAUUCCAAAGUGAUUCAGGUUGAAGGGAAGAAACAUAUAGUUAUCUUUGCCAUGAGACAAAUAAACAAAGGAGAGGAACUCACCUAUGACUACAAGUUCCCAAUAGAAGAAGUCAAAAUUCCAUGUACUUGUGGGUCAAAGAAAUGCCGUAAAUAUCUCAACUAGGAUGAUUGUUUGCUGACCACAGGGGAAAAAGGGAACUCCAUAACUUAGAGCUAGUAUAAAAUAAAAAUAAAAAAUGACCGUAAACAGAAAUUUGAUUGGAAGAUGGAAUGUUAGAAAAAUUGUGCAAUGAUACUAAAUAAAAGGAAAUCCUAUAGAACUAGCUUACUGUGAUAUUGUUCUAUAACAGAGAUAUUAUCUAGAGAGUAAAUAAUAUUGUAUUGGAACAGAAUUAUUGUCAAAUCUCCACAAUGUGUUCUAUGUAUCAUUGAUAUUAUAAAAUUCUAUAUUCAAUUGGUUUGUGCUAUGAAAAAGGAGUAUUAUUUUUCUUUAAUUUGCAACUCUUCAAAAACUAUGUUAAAUUAAUAAAAUCAAGAUUUGUUACCAAUCAUGUUUCAAAAUAGCCACUAUAUACUUAUAGAACCAUACUUGAACUAAGGGUAGCAUGAGGUGUUAAAAGAUUUUGAAGACUGAGCAUUUUGAAGUGAUUAACUAAAGGCCUUCUAAUGAGAUUAGAUAAAAUAUUUGAGAAGAUAGAGAUAUUUUGUUUCAUCUUUUAAUUGUUUCCAAAAAUAAUAUAAAACAAAUGUUUGUACCUAACUGGUGACAUGACAUAUUUAACUACUAUGCAAUCAUUUUAUGCAGUCGCUGCAAUCAAUUUGCAAAUGUUUAUUUCCAAUGAAAGACUGUUUGUCAAACAUGUUCUGACCAUAUAUGUAGAAACUAACAUUAGGAUGCAAUUGUUGUAUUAGUUCUACUAAUAGUUUAGACAGUAUGGUUUCUGUAUUUAAUUGUUCAGAUAUUUAGAAUUUGAAUUAAAAGUCUUAAUGAAUUUACAAACUGAUUUUGAUGGGAUGUGGUUUGAUAAAAAAAAAAAGAAGGAAAUUGUUAUUUUGAUGUGAAACAUUACCAGAAUAUAUUUUUAAUUGUAAAUAUGUAAUUACAAUGAAGUGUAAAAAUGUACAGUCGUUGAAAGCAACCAGAGAUGUGCUAUAAUUACAUUGUUCAUUGAAACAAGGACAUCAUUUCACAGGGUCAUGUAUAACAAACUGAAAAAUAAACAAACCUAUAUCUGAUCAUCAAGGGUGUUCGCCUAUUCAUAUUUUGUAGAGUUAAUGGGUCAGUUUUGGUACUGUUCCGAUAACAUUUGUAUUUGUGCCAUAAAAAAUUACAGGGUAAACUACUAUUAUUUACCUUUUAUUUGAUAAAUUUGCAAGAGCAUUUUUAUUUUCAUCAAACUGUCUUCAUGUAUAUUGACUUGAACCCACAUGUUCAGCCCCUAAUUAUCUGUGUCCUUCAUGCAUAAAAUGAGGGUUUUAUUCAAUGCAAACUUGUUUCAUAAUUUAAGAAAUAUUCUGAAGUAAAACUUUGUGAGAUGAUGUCCUGAAGUGUGAAAUAAACCUCAAUCAUUCAUAGCUAUUAUCUAUCUACUGUUACCAUUGUUUACAUUUUAUACAUUUACAUACACAUAUAUUUAUUUGUUGUACAUAGUUUUAUAUUUUUUGUGUUUUCGAACAAUGAAUGGUCUCCUUUAGCAAUUGAAUACUAAAAAUAAAAUUUACAAAUUAUGGUAUUUAAAAUGAA